AUGAAUUGUUCAUUAUAUGAAAUAGUAAAGAAGAUUUUGCCACCUGUUUCCUAUCUCAUCUUCAUCUUCUUUCCUGCAAUUCAGUUUGUUGCUGAAGGUCUUAUUAAAUUCUUAAUUACACUUGGCAGUGAUUCGCAUAUUUAUCUUGAUCAUGUCGUGCAGCAAAUUCAGUGCGAUAACGGAAAAGUGGGUGUAAAAUGUUUGGUUAAUGGUACCCGCGAGGUAAUUUUCAAUGGCGAUUGUGUACUGUGUACAUUACCGCUUGGCGUUUUGAAACGAUCAGUUCGAAAUCGAAAUAAUGCUCCAUUGUUUCAUCCUGAGUUACCGUUUUGGAAAGUUGAUGCUAUCAAUUCUAUUGGUUUUGGGAAUGUUAAUAAGAUUAUGCUAUUUUUUGAAAAACCAUUCUGGGAGAACACACGUGUUUUUGGGCAAAUAUCAGAUACUAUGUGUGCAACAAGCCGUGGUGAAAUGUUCAUGUUUCAAGCUCAUCGUGACAAACCAGUUCUGAUUGCACUUGUCUCAGGUGAUUCUGCUAAUGCUUUGGAAGAAGCACCUGGUGAUAUUAUUGUUUAUAAAAUCAUGAAUUUUCUUUCUGCUGUUUUUGGUCCAGCAUGCCCAAAAGAGCCAACAGACGUAAUUAUAACACGUUGGAGAGCAGAUUGUUUCUCACGUGGCGCUUUUAGCUAUGUUUCAUCAAAUUGCACAUUGGAUGCAUUUGAUAGUUUAGCAGAACCAGUGAAAGAUUCAGCUGGUUAUGAUCGAAUUUUUUUUGCUGGUGAACAUACCUGUCGUGAGCAUCCUGGAACGAUUCAUGGUGCCUAUUUAUCGGGUUUACGUGAAGCAGGACGUAUCGCCGAUUGCAUGCUUGGAAUUCGUUAUGCAGCUGAUAGUUUCAUAUGA